UCUAAUGCUAUAAAUUUCUGUUGAUUAAAGCCCACUUCCUUAGUUAGAUGCCUGAAGUCUUACCCGCACUUCCAAGGUAAGUGCGCGCACACUCAGCAUCCAUACGAAUACACGAAUGCAGAGGAAGAAAGGGCUACGAAACAGAAGAAAAGUGGUUUUUGCAAAUACAAAGCAGCGCAAAGUUGAAUCGUACUCAAGUGCCUUUUUUGCAGUCCCUGUACCGCUCCCAUUCCAGGAAGAAGCAGUUUUCAGAGAGGCUGCAGAGUUCCCUCAGGCCCCUAGAAGCCGCUGUGGGGCAGCUGUCGCCGCCGGAACAGAGACUCUUCAAAGUGCCACCUCCUUCGCUUCCCUCCCCACCUCACGGCGCCUUCCCAGGCUCCUCUGCGGGUAAACAGCGAUGGCCGCAGAUGAAGGAGGCGGAGAACAAGAUAACAACAUGGGGAACCACUUGCAGCUCAUUCCUGCAGAGAGUGAAGAAGAUGAUGACGUUGAAAUGGAAGUUGAAGAUCAAGACAGCAAGGAGGCUGAAAAGCCAAACAUUAAUUUUGAUACCAGUCUGCCAACUUCACAUAUGUAUUUAGGAUCUGACAUGGAAGAGUUUCAUGGAAGGACUGUCCAUGAUGAUGACAGUUGUCAAACAAUUCCAGUCUUACCCCAUGUGAUGGUAAUGCUGAUUCCUGGACAAACACUGCCUCUUCAGCUCUUUCGCCCCCAAGAAGUUAGCAUGGUGCGAAAUUUAAUACAGAAAGACAGAACCUUUGCUGUUCUUGCAUACAGCGAUAUACUUGAAAGAGAAGCACAUUUUGGAACAACAGCUGAAAUUUAUGCCUAUCGAGAAGAACAGGAGUAUGGAAUUGAAACAGUUAAAGUAAAGGCAGUGGGAAGGCAGAGGUUUAAGGUUCUUGAAAUAAGGACACAAUCAGAUGGAAUACAACAGGCAAAAGUACAAAUCCUUCCUGAGCGAGUGCUGCCUUCAACUAUGUCAGCAGUGCAACUGGAGUCCCGCAGCAGAUGCCACGUAUUUCCUUCUUCCAAGCCUGCAGCAUGGCAGGAUCAACAUAUACAUCAAUGGCGGCAGAAAUAUCAAAAGCGCAAGUUUCACUGUGCUAGUCUGACCUCCUGGCCAUCUUGGUUGUAUUCUUUAUAUGAUGCUGAAACCCUGAUGGACAGAGUCAAGCAGCAACUGCAUGAGUGGGAUGAAAAUCUUAAAGAUGAAUCACUUCCAUCAAAUCCAAUAGAUUUUUCAUACAGAGUUGCCGCUUGUCUGCCCAUUGAUGAUACAUUGCGAAUUCAGCUGCUCAAAAUUGGUAGCGCUGUUCAGAGACUGCGAUGUGAACUAGAUAUAAUGAACAAAUGUACAUCUCUAUGUUGUAAGCAUUGUCAAGACACAGAAAUAACUACUAAAAAUGAAAUAUUCAGUUUAUCCCUUGGAGGGCCUAUGGCUGCAUAUGUGAAUCCUCAUGGAUAUGUGCAUGAGACCCUUACUGUGUACAAAGCUUGCAACCUGAAUCUGAAUGGCAGAUCUUCCACAGAGCACAGCUGGUUUCCUGGGUACGCAUGGACUAUAGCCCAGUGCAGAAUCUGUGGAAGCCAUAUGGGCUGGAAGUUUACUUCAACAAAGAAGGAUAUGUCACCUCAAAAAUUCUGGGGAUUAACUCGUUCUGCCCUAUUGCCAAGGAUUCCAGAAACAGAGAAUGAAUCUGGUAAAAGAUCACUAUUGCUUUGCCUGUGAUCUGAUAACCUUACUUUUGGAUGAACUAGAUGCAGGUGAUGUCUUCUUUUUUUUUAAUCUACUAAGUCCUGCAUCUGAUGUCUGAUUAUAUAAAAGAUCAGUAUGUCUGAGCUUUGUGCAGUGAAAAGGCACCAUUGCUUCCCAGAGCCCUGAAAAAAUGCUUUAAAUUUAGACUUCUGGAGGAAGAUACCAAAUGUGAGAUGGAGACCAGGAAAAGGAGAUUUUUUUCAGAUUAUCUUACAAACACUGAAACAAACAGCUCAAACUUGGAGCUAUCCUGUAAUAAUGUAAUAACACAUGUACUAUUGUUGGGGAGAUAAAACUGUUGAGUAGGAAUGAAGACUGAGUAUAACUCAACUUGUGCAUAAUGAUAGACAGAACCUGUUGCCUGUUGUUUUAAUAUAUUUGCCUGUAGAAUGUUGUGAAUUUGUAAGAAGCCCUGUUUUCUAACUGUGUGAAAUAAGCUUACAGGUAUUAGUAUUUGCUUGAAUAAGCCUUAAAAGAGGACAAGGAUUAAACCUGAUAUGAUGAUGGUAAGACGCAAGUCACAAGGUUGUUGCUGGCAGAAGAGAGCGCUGAAGCCUGAUAUUAACAUUUUUAUGUGUAAAUCCUUUGUAAAGAAUCCCUAUAGAAUUGUUUUGUUCUAUCAUUUUUACCUGCUUUCACUCCAGUUGGCAAGUUCUGAUGCUUGGAAACAUAAAUUAUUCAUAUUAAUUACAGGACUAUGAUAAAAUAUAAUUUUCUCCGUUAAUAUCUUAAGUAUGUUUGAGUCUAUCAUAUUACAAAUGUAUGUACUUGACAAUUUAAAUCUUCUGAUACAUAGUGUACCUUUUUACAUGUCUAAAAUUCUGUAGGGUCCUUGGCAGUGCAGUUGCUCAUAAACUGUAUCCUUGGCAUUGGAAAGUAGCAGCUGUCAUAAUUUGAAAGGCUGUGAUGUAAUUAUCACUUGUUCUUAAGAACAACGCUUCCCAUUGGGACAGGGUUUUUUUUAUGAGAUUGUCUCGGUUACAGAAAUAAGACUAGAAACAGGCUUUCUGUCUUGUUUUCCCAGAAUGCACUUUGGUAAGCAAAAUCUGCAGAUGACAGACUUCUUAUAUAUAUUGAUAUUUUUCCCCUCAAGACCAUUUUUGUCCGCACUUGUUCAGAGUAUAUUGUAGUGUGGCUGGCUAGUUAGUUGAAGUAACAUUGCUGAUUUUGUAAACACCAAUGUAUUUAUUUGUUGUGUGAGUUGCUUUAAAAAAGCAAGCCCCUAAGUUUAGUGAUACUGCCAUGGCUUCUUCGCUUUGCAGUGCUGGCAAUAAAUGGCAUUAGACACAGAAAGGAUGUUAGGAACUCAGUGUGCUAGAUAGCUAGGAACAAUCAGCUCUGUAAUCCAGGGUUAGUUCCUUGAAGUCUUCUACCUCUGUAGUACUAUGUUUUUAUUUUUCAUUCUAGUCACAAUUGAAUGAUCACCUUUAUUGUGUGCUGCAACACUAUCUUUGCUGAGCUGUGAAAAGCAAUAUUAGCUAAAACCUCGUCUUGAACAAAGUGAGAUGGAGGUCAUUUUAUUAGAGAGAGCAUUUUAGCUUUUUGCUUUUUAUUUUUUCCAAAAGGAGGUUGCACUAUUAAAACAUAAAUAUGAAAGCACAGGACUGUAAUGACUUGCCUGCACUAAACUGAGUUGGGAAACGAGAGCUUUUCCCUAAGUGAGUAAAAUGUUGUGGCCUCAGUUUUUUAAGGGGCUGGAUUCUUCCAGUUUGCCAUCAGUGGGAUUUGUGGAUGAGAAGAAUUUAAAAAAGAAAGGACAUUAGUUUGUGUGUAAAGCUGGCAUGUGGGUUGAGGGGAUGAGUUUUAAACAUUUGGUAGCUAUGGAAUAAUGCUACUGUGACUUAACCAGCACAUUCUAAAAUCCCAUCCUUUCGUCUCUUAUAUGAUGAACUUUACUAUGUGCCCAUCCGCAGGACCAGUCUACAUUCCACUUCUGUCUCUUCACCUCCUAAUCCUGAUGAGAUCCAGGAGCAGGUCUGACUUGCCCUAUGUGCCAUAAGUAAAAGCUAAUGAUUGUAACAGGAGACAACUUUUUUUUAAAAAAAGGAUCUCUUUACUACCUCUGCCCAACCAUCAACCCACCAUAUAACUUUUCUAUCUACCACAGUGUCAUGGGAUCAAGGAGGCCCCACAUCUUAAAAAAUAAUUAAAAAGAUCUUUUUGCUAAAUUAAACAGACCCAGUACAUACAGAAUGUAUAUGCCAAGACUUAUUCCUGAUCUUCCUUGCAAAGAGGUGAAGGAACAGAAUCACCAGCCACAUCCUUUCUUAAUAUCAACUAUGUUUCUGUGCAGGACCAUUUCCAAGAAAUAAGAGGCUGUGCAACAGUGGAGCUUGAUGAAUUGUUCCCAACAUAUUUUAUUGGCUCUGUUAUGCAGUUGGCACAACAAAAUAGUUAUGAGAUGACACCAAGCUUGAAAUAUGUCCUAUUUGGGUAUGGUGGAAGUGUAUGUAAACAAAAAGCUCUGUGUUUUUUAAAAAUUGAGAAACCAAUAUAAUCAAGUGAAAUCAGCAAGAAACAAAUGUUCCACUAUUUUCUUUUAAUAUUGACUAUUGUUUCUCCCUUCUGCCCUACUCUUGAUAUUAUCAAGCUCAUAGCAUUUUCUGACUUAAAAAUCAGUGUGAUUUUAAGUAAUUGCUAAAAUCAUAUGUUCUGCUGCUGUGCAACUGGCUAUUGUGCUCUCAAUGAAAAUUCUUUAUGUAGAAUAUAUACUUCAUAGCUCUGGUAUAAAACCAUUAAUGCUU